AUGAACAGCGGUCCAGAGACGCCCCUGGAGGGCUAUCUGGCCGCAGAGAGCAGACAGAGUCUCUUUGAUCCACCGACUGCGCUGGUCCACUAUCCCGAUGCUGGCGCGACGGGCAACACGAGCGCGAGCUAUGUCGUGCCUAUCCUGCUGGAGGCUUUUGCAGACAUCCUCCCGGAGCUCCUCGUGACCGUUGACCCGUCUCGCUGCAGUCAUCCUGUCGUACAAUUCUCAGACUAUGAUGUCAUUGACUUUGACAUGGCUCAUACCGGACGAGGGCUCUGCAACGCUUAUCCUAUUCGCAAGGCGCUCACGCGAAAACAUCAUCUGCCUUUGACUGUUCAGCAUUAUGUCGCCAAGCGACCAUGCUCAGUGCUCAAGGACGCAUUGCCUCUUACGUGGACGUUCGAGCUCAGCCAUGCAGACGAAUUGGACGAGUUGUGGCUCGAUGAGCUAUAUGAUCUCUCAGCUGCUCUGGAUGAUUCGGCCGACAAGACGUACAUCCUGAAGCCAAGUAUGGCCGACAAGGGUCAAGGCAUUCGAUUAUUUCGGACAAAAGAAGAGCUCGAGCGGAUUCUGGCCUCCUUUGAAGAAGCGCAAGACAGAUCUGAUGAUGACGAUGAUGAUGAUCAGUCCACUUCCGUUAGCCUCAGUCGGAUGCGAUGGUUUGUCGUACAAGAAUACAUCGAGCCGGUCUUGCUCGACGUUGGAUGUUCGCCUUCAGUCUUGACAGGACGCAAAUUCCACUUGCGCGUCUACGUGCUCGCUGUCGGAGCGCUUCAGCUGUACGUCUACGAUGAAUAUCUAGCACUCUUCGCCAGUGAGCCCUAUGUGCCCUUUAGCGACAAGACCGACAGCUUAGCAGCCCAUCUGACAAAUACAUGUUUGCAAGAUCAACGAGAUGCGCAGGAGACGGUGCACGCCUUCUCAAGUCUCAUCGAUCAGCCGCUUGCCAGCGGUCAGCUGGCAGCCGACAGAGUCGCAUCCAUAAAGCAAGGCAUCAAUGCGAUCGUUGCCGAGCUGUGGCAGAGCGCGCUCGGUCAGACGGCUCACUUCCAGCUCCUGCCGCAUUGCUUCGAGAUCUACGGCCUCGACUUUCUCCUCGACGACAAGCUUCAGCCGCGCCUGCUCGAAGUGAACGCUUGUCCCGACUUUGCGCAGUCAGGAGAGCAAUUGCAGCCGCUCAUUCGAGACUUGCUGAGAUCCACGGUCGAGAUUGCGAUAGCGCCCUCGCCGCUUAUCCGCCUUACCGGUGCAACCCAAGACCGACCGGACUCCAUGAAGAACGAUCGACAUGGCCAGUUCAUCAAGCAGCAACCGGAGCGCAAGCUUGCAAGCGCAGCCAAGCCAGCUGAGCACGGACCGUCCUGCUCACAGGCGAGCGUAGGGCGAGAUCGCACCGCACGCAGGGCCUCGCAUGGGCUCAGUACAAGGCAAAGCUCAGCGCCAUCGGUCACAUUGCCUGCACAUGUAUCGCUCUCGCAGGCGCUGCAGAGCGUGACCACCAGCGUCCUCGUUCACGCUUUCCGGCUAGCGGGUCUGUCUGCUGCUCAGAUGGCUGCUACGGCAUCCUAUGGCAGGAUGGUCGAGCCUUAUCGCUCAGCAAGUCAUUCGCCCGGUCAGUCGCCUCGCCAGAUGGCAUCCCAUCAGUCCAGUCCGCGAUCGCCGUCUCAGCUCAGGCAGAGCCAUAGCCCGUCACCGGAGAGCAGACUCGCCCAGGCGCAAGAGCUGGAUGAUUCUGCUGGAGUGCAUGGUGCGACACAGCAGGAUGUCCAGCUUAGCAAACGUUCUUCGAAAUCGCUCCCGACCAGACGUCACGCACCCUCGCCAGCCUCUGGUCAGCCCUUGCAACAAUCUGCUAGCGCUUCGCAAAGGUCUGCAAGCGCCUCACAGGCAGCAGACUGGCAAUCAAGCCUAGCAUCCUAUAGCAUGGCUGCCCCGUCAGCCUACACGCUCAGCCCGAUACCUGCUUACGCUGGUCCGCAACGCUCGACGACGGAGCAACAGCCGACAGAGGGUAUACGGAACAUCGGCAAGAGACGAUACACUGUGCUCAAAGAGGUCGGCGACGGCUCCUUUGGUACCGUCUGGCUUGCCGACUGGCACUCGCCGCUUGCCCUACCUCCUGGGACGAUGCCCCCAGGUCCAAGCUCGAGACCAGAGUACAAGGGCAAGCAGCUCGUUGCGAUCAAACGGAUGAAAAAGGCAUUCAAUGGCGGCUGGGAUGAAUGCAUGAAUCUGAAAGAGCUCAAGUCGCUACACACGAUCUCGCAGCACGCGAACAUCAUCCCGCUCUACGAUGCGUGGCUGGACCCAUCCACUCGAGAGCUUUACUUCGUGUUCGAGUGCAUGGAGGGAAAUCUCUAUCAGCUAACAAAGUCUCGUAAAGGAAGACCUCUUGCUCUCGGUCUCGUCGCUUCGAUCUAUCAUCAGAUCCUGUCUGGUCUCAACCACGUGCACACAUCAGGCUACUUCCACCGGGACAUGAAGCCAGAGAAUCUGCUCAUCACGACGACCGGCUUGGCGGCGUAUCCGUCGUUCGCAAGCUUCUCACGAGCAGGCGCAUCGCCAGAGAAGGAUGUCACUGUCAUUGUCAAAAUUGCCGACUUCGGGCUUGCGCGAGAAUUGAAGAGUCAGCCGCCUUAUACGGAAUACGUCUCGACACGAUGGUAUCGUGCACCGGAAGUCCUACUGCGAUCGAGGGUCUACUCUGGACCUGUCGAUACCUGGGCUCUCGGUACCAUCUUGGCCGAAAUCGUCACGCUCAAACCAUUAUUUCCUGGACAGACAGAGAUCGAUCAGGUUUUCCGGAUAUGCGAGAUCCUCGGCAACCCUGGGCCAGACUACGGCUUCAAUGAAAGUGGUGAGCCCAUUGGAGGAGGCGAUUGGCCAGAUGGCGUACAGUUGGCAUCUAAAGUCGGCUUCAAUUUUCCCAAGAUGAAGCCAAUACCCUUGCCGUCCCUUUUCGACAAUGAGAAGGUGCCGCCUCAGCUCAUAGACUGCAUUGCUGGUCUGCUUCGCUUUGAGCCUACACGACGACGCACGACGCGACAGUGCCUCGAACACGCGUUUUUCCGCGAGGUCGCACCUUUGCUGCUGCCUAAAGCGCUGCCGAGCCGAUCGUCUAGCUCUGCGUCGCGAUCUGCGGCACAGCUCGAGGGCACCAUGCCUGUUCCCGUCAUGUCACCUCGAGAUCUCCCACCCUCGCAUUCACAUCCUGCAAUGAUGAGUGCGCCCGGCAUGGUCACUCAGAAGAGUGCGGGCCGGUUGGUCAUUCCUGGCGUUAUGCGUCCGUCCAUCAGAGGUCGCAAUGACUCGAUCGCUGAUUCGACAUAUUCCUAUCCCGAUUCGAUGUCUUCCUCCAACUCAGGGCCACAGCUGCCAACAGGCUCAUCGAUACGAGCCUAUGCCGAGUCGACUACCUCCUACGAUGGUCAAUCAGACCUGGAGCGCUCACCGCUACCAAGUAUGUCCAGGCUCAAUAUCGACCCGCAUCAUCCUUACGACGCGCGAGAAGGUCGUCGCGGGUCUGUCGCGGGCUCGACCUUUUACGAUGGAUCUGUGUUCGAAGGCGCUGGUGGCAGUAUCACUUCCAGCAUCUCUCUGCCACUGUAUGAUGCUGCAAAGACGCAGACUGCUGCAUCGAGCUCGCUUGACUCGCUGGCACUCCCUGCACGCGAUGGCCGAGCCAGCGCAGAAUCCUUCUCACAAGCCAGACCGAAAUGGUCUGUCCCAUCUGUCUUUGGUGGCGCAUCCAGAGCCUCGGCCUCGUCAGAUGCGGCUUCGCAGCGGUCACAUACCCUCAAACGCUCGCCCUCAGAUGCUCAACCAUCGUCGUACAUGUACACCGACAGCUCAGUUGGCGACAGCAAGAAGGCCAAGAAGGAAGCCGAGAAGCGGGCCAAGGAAGCAGAGAAAGCUCGGCGCGAUGCUGCUGCCAAGGCUGCGCGCGACCGUGCACGAGCGGUCGUUCAGAAGAAGCAGCAGCUCGAGCGAACCCAGGACCGCAAUUACGAUCCCCUGAAUUUGCACAAGCUGGAUGACACGGCGCCGACAGGUUCUACACAUCGUAGCAGCGCUCGCACCGGUCUUCAGCCAAUCAACGAGCACAAUGCCGCUCUGCCUACGCAGCCGGCAUACGACCCUCGGCGGUCUUUCCGCAGACCAGAAGACAGCGAUAUGCAGUCAGUUUCAAGCGGAGAGACAGGACAUUCGGGAGGCGAUAACGCGUCUGUCUUCACAAUGGAAUCCGAUCCUGGCCUCAGCCGACAUCCGAUGCGAAAGAUGCCCUCCAGGUCAUCUCUGCAGGCGCCAAGCUUCAUGUCAGCGCCGAGCUUUGUAUCGAACGCGGCGUCAGCAAAUUCGCUCGAUCCGCAGCUAAUGCAAGGCUUCCAAGGUCUCAGCGCCGUCGAUCAACCGCAGCAAUCAGGCUACCGCUUGCCGCCGAUCAUGUCCUUCGAUCACCCACCUUCGCGCUUUGGUCCUCAAGAUGGCUCUCGAUUUGGUCCCCAUGACAGGCCGACACCGCCCGAAAUGCGGCCGCCGCCCUUCGGGUUCAGUAGCACUCCAGCAUCUUAUUCCAAUUGCAUCCACAGCCGCAGUCUGGUCAGCAAACUACCCAACAUCAUCCUGUGUUGCAGCAGCACCAGCAUCGUUGAUACCCUCUUUACAGCGCUUGUACGCAUGUUGUUGUCUAGACGCGAGGAAGUCGUCAACUUGAUCCGCUAUGUGAAGUCUACGCGAAGUCUAGGGUGCGCAUGCAAUCAAGCUGCUCAGUACCUAUGCCCUGUAGACUGA